AGUUCAGAAAGCGCUCAAACUCAAAGGGUGUCAAGCAGCGUUGCCGCAGCCGUAGCUGCGUUCCGUCAAAUGGCGAUGCCUUCCCCCAGUAGGAACUCAGAUUUCGGUGGGCUAAUCCCUUCAGCUCCAAAUCGACUACUUUCACCCCCAGUAAGCUCCACACCCGAUCAAAGCGAAAUUGCGUUGGGUACAUUUGCCCAAGGGAGACACAGUGACUUAAAACGAUAUCAAACAUUUGCUGCUAAAAAAGAUGUUUUAAUGAAGCGAGAAAAGGAUAUGAAGAACUCAAUCGCCCAUUUGAAUCAAUUUUUGGAAGAAGCAAUGUUUUUAGUGAACAAUUGCUCUGAACGGUUAGCUGCUAGAGAUGAGAGAAUUCAUGAUCUCAUGGCCGAAAAUGCGGAUCUUAAAAGGAAAUUAAAAGAGUAA